CUCAAGCUUCGAGAAACAUUAAUCAAGCUUUUGGAGAUGAAUCCAUCAAUAAAAAAAAUGCUCGAUAUUGGUUCCAAAAAUUUCGUUCUGGCAAUUUGAACAUCGUCAAUGAGCCUCGUGGAAGACCACCGAUCCAUAUUGAUAACGAGGAAUUAAAGACGACUGUGGAAUCCGAUCCAGACAUAACUAUUCGUAAACUUGGGACUAAGCUAGUAACUAGCCGUAUGGCUGUGUUGAAACAUCUUCGUGCAAUAAACAAAGUAAAAAAAUUGGACUUAUAUGUACCGUACAAACUGACGGAACUGCAGAUUGUCGACCGCAAGAGUAAGUGCGCAUCUUUGUUGAUUCGCAAUACACGAUUGCCGUUUGUACACCAAAUCAUCACUUGUGAUGAAAAGUGGAUUUUGUACGACAAUCGAAAACGAUCAAGCAAAUGGGUAGAUAAGAAUACACCGCCAGGACAUACCCCUAAGCCGAAAUUCCAUCAAAAGAAGAUUAUGGUUACCAUAUGGUAG